AUGUUUUGUGAUAGUCAGAAUACUAACUCGACGGCCUCUAACGAUCAAAAAGACCUCGAAAUUGAGAAGAGAAAGCUUGAACUCCAACAAGCAGAACAGAAAAGACUCGCGGACCACCAGGCUUAUAUGAGGCGCCGAGAGGAAAGGUGGCACCGACAGCGCAAACACGACGCCGCUGUCAGGGACGGCGUUGAAAGGGAGAUGCGGAGACGUGAGAAAGACAUAGCUGAUGAGCAGCGUCGUGAAGAUGAGCGAAUAGAGGAAGAAGAAAGAGAGAAGCGGAAGAUUAAAGAAAAGGUCGAGGCGGAGAUCGCAAAGCAUGAGGCAGAGACCAGAAAGCGUCAAGACGAGGAACGGGCUGCACGACAGAAGCAACAGGAGCACGACAGGAGGAUCGCUGAUGAAGCUAGGUCUAAAUUACUAGAGACCCAGAGGCAAGAGGAAGAAGAUGAGAGAAGGCAGCGGGAGGAGCGAGAAGCGUUGGAAGCGAGGCUCAAGAAUGAGAUAGAGCUGAGGGAGAUGACAAACCGGCAGAGGAAGGAGCAAGCAGAUCGAGAGGCCAAGGCCAGGAUCGAAAAUGAGGUCGAUCGGCGCCGGAGGGAAGACGAGCGAAAGAGGGACGAGGAAGAACGACAGAGGGAACGUGCACGCCAGCACGAAGAGGAAGUAGCCAGAAGGGCCGUUGAAAAGGCAAAAGCGGAAGAGAGGGAAAGGCAAGAGCAGGCGAGCAGGUCGCAGGCUGAUUUUGAGAGGAAGUUCAGGGAACGUCUCGAGAGGGAGACUGAUGCUCGCCGUCGAGAGGACGAAGCUCGCCGUCGAGAUGAUGACCUUCGUCAGCGAGAGGCUGAAGCUCGCCGCCUAGAAGCUGAAGCUCGCCGUUUAGAAGACGAAGCUCGCCAGAGAGACUAUGAUGCUCGCCAGCGGGACUACGAUGCUCGUCGUCGAGAAGAUGAAGGCCGCCGUCGAUAUGAUGGCUACCGAUACAUUCCCAGAGACACUGGCAGACGGUCGUAUGAUGAUCCACUACACUACCGGAGAUAUUAA